ACCACAUGGUGGCGCUGCUGUUGGUCCAUCACAGUAACAGUCAGAGAAGAAGAGACCGCCUCUCUGUGACAAUGGCGGCUGUCAUGAGAGGUAGCUUGGUAACAUUGAUCAAGGGUCUGAGUGGCCCUCAGUGGCACCAGCUUGCCUCUCGACCUCUGAGUGUUUCUGCAGGUCGUUUGGGGUCAGAAACUCCACCCGCUCGUGCAGAUGCAACCUUUAAGGUCACAAUGGUUCCAGGGGAUGGAGUUGGACCUGAGUUAAUGUCCGCGGUCAAGGAUGUGUUCAAAGCAGGAGAUGUUCCUGUGGAAUUUGAGGAGUUCCAUUUGAGUGAAGUGCAGAACAUGGCCAGCGAGGAAAAACUGGAGCAAGUGUUGACCUCUAUGAAGAACAACAAAGUAGCAAUGAAAGGAAAGAUCCACACACCCAUGGAGUUCAAGGGGGAGUUGGCUUCUUAUGAAAUGAGACUAAGGCGAAAACUGGACCUGUUUGCCAAUGUGGUUCAUGUGAAUAGCCUCCCAGGCUACAGCACACGUCACAACAACCUGGACCUGGUCAUUAUUCGGGAACAGACAGAGGGGGAAUACAGCUCUCUGGAGCAUGAGAGUGUGACCGGUGUGAUUGAAUGUCUGAAAAUCAUCACCAGAGAGAAGUCAAGACGCAUUGCCAAGUUUGCCUUCGAUUAUGCCACUAAGAAGGGGCGGAACAAGGUCACGGCUGUUCAUAAAGCCAAUAUCAUGAAAUUAGGUGAUGGCCUUUUUCUGCAGAGCUGUGCGGAAGUGGCUCAACUGUACCCAAAAAUCAAAUAUGAGAACAUAAUCAUCGAUAACUGUUGCAUGCAGUUAGUCCAGAACCCGUACCAGUUUGAUGUGCUGGUAAUGCCCAACCUGUACGGCAACAUAAUCGAUAAUCUGGCAGCCGGGCUGGUGGGAGGGGCGGGCGUUGUUCCCGGGGAGAGUUACAGCGCAGAAUACGCUGUCUUUGAGACGGGUGCUCGCCAUCCUUUCGCACAGGCGGUAGGCAGGAACAUUGCUAACCCCACAGCUAUGCUACUGAGUGCUGCCAACAUGCUCCGGCACCUCAAUCUGGACUAUCACUCCCAAAUGGUGUCCGAUGCUGUCAAGAGGGUCAUCAAACAGGGCAAGGUACGGACACGAGACCUUGGCGGUUACUCGACCACGGGCGACUUUGUGCGUGCUGUUGUGGAUAACCUGCGACACCGACCCUUUUGCUAAGAUGCGUGGCCCCGUUUUUAUGCGGCUUCGCUGAUGUUUUCUUGAACAGGAUUAUUUGUUACUUGUCUUUCUUCAAUGACGACAUGACAGUCGGACCAGUGGAAUGGGUUUUAUACUGGCUUUACUAAAACUACAUAUACAGCAGUACUCAUGAUUGUACACGUUUUUUACUACCAAAAAGCUGGACCUCCACCAUUCAUCACUCUAACUGUGAAUGUUGUGUGAAAGUCAGUUUACAUUUUGUCUUGUCUUUUUUUUUAAUCCUCUUGAGAGUUUUAUCAUGACACAGUUGGUGCCUUGUUUUGACAGUACAACCCUGCUCUACUUGGAACUUCACUCAAAAAAGCUUUUGAACAUUUUUUGCUAUGAGACACUGUAUAGCAAUGUCCACCUUUUUAAUAAAAAUCUAUAACAUGAACAAUGUUGAUGAAUCAAAUAAAAAGAACUGAAUCUGGGCCACUCUAAUUGUUUUUUUAAAGUAAAGUAUUUAAAGUAGAGCAGAUUGCCUUUGCUGCAUGCAUGCAUGCUAAAUGAAUGGAUUUGUUACACAGACUGGAUUUUUAUUUUCAUCCAUACAAGGUUUUAGAAACUUUUUAAAAACUGUAUUAUAUCUUAAAGCUCACAUGUGAUUUGGUUCUGUAUUGAUAUUUUGUUUGUAUAGUGUUGAUUUUGUACUAAUUGCAUUGCUAAACAGCAGAUGAUAUAGCUGGGUCUACAUCUACAAACGUAAACAAAAGUAAAUUAAGGAAGAAAUCUCCCAGCAACUACUAGUAGUCCCUAUCU